GAAUCUGUAGUGCAACACCUACUCACACAAACAUAAUUGCCCAACCAGACAUCAGAGAACAAACAAUAGAAGCAGAGGCUAGCUCCAACAUGGUGAAGAAUCUUGGCCGAUGAUAGACUGCUUGUAAAGCCUUUGAUCCUUGUAGUUGGAGGAAAUGACAGUGUCCCCGGAGACCGCAAACACGCCGCCUCCAUACUCCUGCCAAGUCGUUCUGACCCCGAAUUCCUUCGGAGUGACGUCAAUAGGCAAUUUAUCAAACAGGUUAUCUACACAACACGCAAUUACUCACCCUCCUCAAUUUGGACGGGACUCGAGCACGAUCAAGCGUCCCUGGCCGUCGACGGCAGGCGCUUGGAAGCUCCGGAUACGACAUCUGCCGUGAUUGGGGGACUUCCAGGAGCUGCAAGAGCCGUGGGUCUCUCUUGUCCAGGGACCGAACUAGCCAUUGUUGCGAAGUGAUGCUGAUGGCGAUGAUGCCUCUAUAAUUCUGAAGCGGAACCAGUUGAAUCUGAAGCAGUGGAGUGGAAAGAGUAGC